UAAUUUAUAGUGUUUCCAUUUUUUUCUUUCUAAAUUCCAUACGAUUUUGGAUUUAAUCGAGAUUUAUGUAGAAAUUAGUUUUGUGAUUCGUUUUUCAUGGUUGUUUCGAUGGUUAUUGUUCUGUUGUGUCUCCGAAUCGAGAAGUUUACUCUAAAGCUUAAUCUUAACCCUCCAUUCUAAUGACUUGCACCAGCCGUAAAUGGCUCGAUUUCACUCUCGUUUUCUCCCGCUCUCUGUCUUCCUCUCCUGCACCGUCUUCGUCUUGGCUUCUCCUUCGUCUCUCGAAUCGGAUUUUUCGAUAAUUGAUUCGGGUUCCGAUGGUCUCUUGUUCUAUCAUGACUACUCUCCUCCGGCACCGCCUCCGCCUCCUCCUCACGCACCGUCGGUAUCUUGCACUGAUGAUCUCGGAGGGGUAGGUUCUCUGGAUUCGACGUGCCAGAUUGUGGACGAUUUGAAUCUUACUCGUGACGUGUAUAUAGUGGGAGAAGGUAAUUUCUACAUCCUCCCAGGAGUUAGAUUCCAUUGCCCCAUUUUGGGAUGUUCAAUAACCGUUAACAUCAGCGGAAACUUUUCCUUGGGCGAAAAUUCGACUGUAGUAACUGGUACUUUCCAGCUCGCGGCUUAUAACGCUAGUUUUUUCAAUGGCUCGGCCGUGAACACUACGGGAUUGGCGGGGGACCCACCGCUACAGACUAGUGGGACACCUCGGGGAGUGGAUGGAGCGGGGGGAGGUCAUGGAGGACGCGGCGCGUGUUGCUUGUUAGACGAUGGGAAACGGCCGGAUGAUGUAUGGGGUGGAGAUGCUUAUUCGUGGUCAUCAUUGCAGGAGCCAUCCAGUUAUGGAAGUAAGGGAGGGACAACGAGUAAUGAAGAGGAUUACGGAGGUGGAGGUGGUGGCUCGGUAAGAAUAGAGAUGAAAGAGUUGUUGGAGGUGAAUGGCAGAUUGUUGGCUGAUGGGGGUGAUGGAGGGACUAAGGGAGGCGGUGGAUCAGGUGGUAGCAUCUAUAUUAAAUCUCGUAAAAUGACUGGAAGUGGAAGGUUAAGUGCAUGUGGAGGUAAUGGUUUUGGUGGCGGGGGUGGUGGAAGAGUUUCAGUCAAUGUGUUCAGCAGGCACGAUGAACCAAAAAUAUACGUGCAUGGAGGAGUUAGUCGUGGCUGCCCAGAUAAUUCUGGUGCUGCUGGAACCCUUUAUGAUGCUGUUCCCCGAAGCCUUACUGUUAACAAUCAUAAUAUGUCAACUGAUACAGAUACUCUUCUUCUAGAAUUUCCUUACCAGCCACUUUGGACUAAUGUCUAUAUUGAAAAUAAUGCCAGAGCUUCUGUUCCUUUGCUUUGGAGUCGGGUUCAGGUGCAGGGGCAGAUAAGCCUUCUGAGUGGGGGGGUGUUGAGCUUUGGGCUAGCACAUUAUGCGUCUUCAGAGUUUGAACUAUUGGCAGAAGAACUGUUAAUGAGUUAUUCUACAAUCCAGGUCUAUGGGGCUUUACGCAUGACUGUGAAAAUAUUCUUAAUGUUGAAUUCCAAAAUGUUAAUGGAUGGUGGUGAAGACACAACUGUUGCAACUUCAUGGCUUGAGUCUAGUAAUUUAGUUGUUCUCAAGGAAUCAUCAGUCAUUCAUUCAAAUGCAAAUCUGGGAGUACACGGACAAGGUUUAUUGAAUUUAUCUGGACCUGGAGAUGAGAUUCAGGCGCAACGUCUGGUCCUAUCACUGUUUUAUAGUAUUCAUGUUGGACCUGGAUCUGUUUUACGUGGUCCCCUAGAGAGUGCAUCACCUGGUGUUGUUACUCCUAGGCUUUAUUGUGGGCGCCAAGAUUGCCCCAUUGAACUACUUCAUCCACCUGAGGAUUGCAAUGUGAAUUCAUCUCUACCUUUUACUCUCCAGAUAUGCCGAGUUGAGGAGAUCACUGUUGAAGGUCUUAUCAAGGGAUCUGUUGUUCAUUUCCAUUGGGCGAGAUCUGUAUCCGUGCAGUCGUCUGGAGUAAUUAGUGCAUCUGGAAUGGGAUGCAUAGGUGGUGUUGGUAGAGGAAAUUUUUUAGACAAUGGUAUUGGUAGUGGCGGCGGCCAUGGUGGUAAAGGGGGUUUUGCAUGUUAUAAUGGUAGUUGUGUUGAGGGUGGUAUUUCAUACGGGAAUUCAGAGUUGCCCUGUGAAAUUGGUAGUGGAAGUGGAAAUGAGAACUCGGCUAAUUCGACUGCUGGUGGUGGUGUUAUAGUAAUGGGUUCCAUGGAGCAUCCUUUGCCAAGUUUGUCUGUUGAGGGUGCUGUGAAGGCUGAUGGAGAAAGCUAUGGAGAAACAAUCUGGCACGGAGGGUAUUCUGUUUCUAGUGGUUCAAGCAUAGCUCCAGGGGGUGGCUCUGGUGGUACAGUUCUUUUGUUUCUUCAUACAUUGACUCUUGGCAAAUCUGCUAUUCUUUCAAGCGUUGGAGGCUAUGGUAGUUCCAAAGGCAGUGGUGGAGGAGGUGGAAGGAUUCAUUUUCAUUGGUCAGACAUCCCCACUGGAGAUGUUUACCAGCCAAUUGCUAGUGUGAAUGGAAGCAUCUAUGCUAGGGGAGGAUUAGACAGAGAUGAGAGUGGUGGUGGAGAAGAUGGAACUGUGACCGGUAAAGCUUGUCCAAAGGGGCUGUAUGGGACAUUUUGUACGGAGUGUCCUGUUGGUACUUACAAGAAUGUUAGUGGAUCUGAUAGUUCUCUCUGUCGUCCUUGCCCUGCUUCAGAGCUUCCCCAUCGUGCCAUUUAUGCUGCUGUUCGAGGUGGUGUUGCCGAAACCCCCUGUCCUUAUGACUGCGUUUCAGACAUAUAUCACAUGCCACACUGUUUCACAGCUCUUGAAGAGUUAAUGUACACAUUUGGAGGACCUUGGUUAUUUGGUUUUUUACUUUUGGGACUUCUCAUCCUCUUAGCACUGGUGCUUAGUGUUGCACGAAUGAAAUUUGUUGGGGUUGAGGAAUUACCUGGUUCGGCUCAUACUCAGCAUGGCUCUCAGAGAGAUCAUUCUUUCCCAUUCUUGGAAUCAUUAAAUGAGGUCCUAGAAACAAACAGAGUCGAAGAGUCACAGAGCCAUGUACACAGAAUGUAUUUCAUAGGUCCUAAUACUUUCAGUGAACCUUGGCAUCUACCUUGUACUCCUCCAGAAGAAAUAAAAGAGACUGUAUACGAGGGUGCAUACAAUACAUUUGUGGAUGAGAUUAAUGCAAUUGCUGCUUACCAGUGGUGGGAAGGUGCCAUUUACACAAUUCUUUCUAUUCUUGCUUAUCCCCUUGCUUUGUCAUGGCAGCAAUGGCGCCGAAGAAUGAGAUUGCAACGAUUACGUGAGUUUGUACGAUCAGAAUAUGACCAUGCUUGCUUACGUUCGUGCCGUUCACGGGCUCUCUAUGAGGGGAUUAAGGUCUCUGCAACUUCUGAUUUAAUGCUGGCCUAUGUUGAUUUCUUCCUUGGUGGAGAUGAAAAAAGAACAGACCUUCCUCCUCGCCUCCCUCAAAGGUUUCCUAUGGUUAUAAUUUUUGGAGGUGACGGAAGCUAUAUGGCUCCAUUUUCGCUUCAGAUUGAUAACAUUCUUACCAGUCUUAUGAGCCAGCUGGUGGCCCCUACUACUUGGUAUCGGCUGGUGGCUGGUUUGAAUGCACAAUUACGCCUGGUUCGCCGUGGAUGGCUGAGAGUAACAUUUAAGCCUGUCAUUCAAUGGCUUGAAACACAUGCUAAUCCUGCUUUGAGAAUCCAUGGUGUACGCAUUGAUCUUGCCUGGUUUCAGGCUGCACCUGGGGGUUAUCGGCAGUAUGGACUUUUGGUGUACUCUAUUGAAGAGGAAAAUGAACCUAUGUCCUUGGAAAAUACCAAUGGUGGGGUCAAAACUGAGCCACUUUCCAGUGUCAAUAUCGGAUACGUGUCAAAUCAAUCUGGUUAUCCAAGAGAAAAUGUGCUAUUGACCCAAGGUCACCGAAGCAGUGAAGGCUUUGCAAGACAGAAGAGGAGUUACAACGGGCUUAUAGAUUCUAACAGCUUAGAUAAGCUUGAAGAGAAGAGAGAUAUCUUUUAUCUUCUCUCUUUCAUAGUCCAAAACACUAAACCUGUUGGUCAGCAGGAUCUUGUUGGUUUAGUGAUGUCAAUGCUACUUUUAGGAGAUUUUAGCUUAGUGUUGCUUACGUUCCUCCAGUUAUAUUCAAUAUCGUUGGUGGAUGUCUUUCUAGUUUUGUCUGUUUUACCUCUUGGUCUCCUCCUUCCUUUUCCUGCUGGCAUAAAUGCUUUAUUCAGUCAUGGAACAAGGCGAUCUGCAGGUCUUGCACGUUUUUAUGCUUUGUGGAAUUUAACAUCCUUGAUUAAUGUUGGUGUUGUAUUUCUUUGUGGGUAUAUUCACUAUAGCAGGCAGUUGUCAUCAAGCAAAAAGAUCCCGAGCCUUCAGCUAUGGAGUUUUAACAUGGAUGAAAGUGAAUGGUGGAUUUUCCCGGCCGGACUGGUAUUGUGUAAGCUUUUCCAAUCACAACUUAUAAACUGGCAUGUUGCGAAUCUAGAGAUUAAAGACCGGUCAUUGUAUAGUGAUGAUUUUGAGGUAUUUUGGCAUAGAUGAAUGUUAGAUAUAUAGCAUUAACAAGGCUCUUCUGUUGAGUCAUUUACUGUUUGGUUUUCUGUAUCUAAUUUUUAGAGUAACAAGUGGUUCCUUGACACAAGUAGAAACUAGAAAUAGAGGGUUUAAAAAAGGGUAAAGUGUGAAGAUGGCAAAUCA